GCGCCCGCGAAGGGCGCGGCGCCCGCGCCCGCCCCUGCAGCGGCCGCCCCCGCGCCCGCGCCCGCGCCCGCAGCCCCGAAGGCAGCUGCCCCGAAGCCGGCGGCCGCGCCAGCGGCGGCGCCGGCCGCCUCGUCCGUUCCAGCGGCCGAGGGGCGCCCCGAGCGCCGGGUGAAGAUGAACCGCAUGAGGCAGGCCAUCGCCCGACGCUUGAAGGAUGCGCAGAACACCACGGCGAUGCUCACUACCUUCCAGGAGGUUGACAUGACCGAGAUCAUGAACCUUCGAAAAGAAUACAAGGACUG